CGGGGCCCUGGUCGGUGCCGACCGCCAGACCCCCGGGCGGCUCCUCCUCCGGAAAGCUCAGAGCCUCCAGGAUGCUGUCCUCAUGUCCGGCUGCAGGGGAGACACGUUAGUGUUAUCGAUACAACCCUGACCCUUAUCGAUACAAUGGUUACUGGCAAGACAAUAUACCUUCACGUCCAACUACAUUAUGCAUAUAUAUAGUUAGAUACUAGAACGGGUAUAAACGUGAAGUUAAAGGUAUAAACCUGAAGUUAAAGGUAGAGACGUUACAAUACCUUCUUCAUUAGCGGUGCAAGUCGCCAUCUUCUGGUCACGUGGACAAAACAACAGAAAAUGAGCCAAUCGGAAGCCAUGAAGGUAUCACUUGGUGUAGUUCUCAGGAGACCGAUACGUGGCGCUAGAGUCCGGCGGCCAGCUCUUAUCUGGGAUCGGUUCACUCAUCUAUUAGCAAGAUCAAACCUUUGAAUUCUAGAUUUCAAAUCGGUUCAGACGACGUGGUGUGUUGCAUUCAGGUUGCAUUACUAAGGUCACUAAAUGAGGCGACCCUAGGACCCGGGGACGGCUCUAGGACCCGGGAGAGACGGCCGCAGUGACGGUUACACCCCGGAAGUCUCUAUACUGUUCCGGUCCGUGACCAGCAGAUGGCGCAGCAGGCGGGCCGGCGGUACCUGCGGGCGUUCGUCGGCGGGUUCUUCGUGGCGGUCCCAGUCACCGUCACGGUUCUGGACCGCGUGGCCUACGUGGCCCGGGUGGAGGGCACCUCCAUGCAGCCCUUCCUGAACCCAGAGGGCGUGUCUGCGUGUGACGUCGUCUUGUUGAACCGCUGGCGCGUGCGAAACUACGAGGUACACCGCGGUGACAUCGUCUCCGUCGUGUCUCCUAAGAACCCCCAGCAGAAAAUCAUCAAAAGGGUGGUCGCCCUGGAGGGAGACUUCAUCAGAACACUGGGAUAUAAAAACCGCUACCUGCGCAUCCCUGAAGGCCACCUGUGGAUCGAGGGCGACCACCAUGGACACAGCCUGGACAGCAACAGCUUCGGACCGGUGUCAGUGGGUCUGCUCCAUGGCCACGCCUCUCACAUCAUCUGGCCGCCCAAUCGGUGGCAGCGGAUCCAGCGGUCCCUUCCUGAGGACCGCGGCCCCCUGCUUAGCUCCCACGCUGCGGAGGAAGAGGAGGAGUUCUGAGGAGGACGACUGAUGAAGAGGAUAUUGUGGUCGAACUGAACAGCUGGACUUACUGUCGGGGGGGAGGGCCCCAACAUCCUGUCUGUUAUGGGACGUUACCCUGAACCCAUCCACACGCUGUCUAUGGUUACCCGGAGGACCGGACCGAACACAGCAAGAUGCCAGCAGUACACCUGAUUUUACAUGGGGCGGGCCACUUGUAACCACGGCAACCAUUUUCAAUCACUGGCUUUGUUACUUACUUGUUAAUUCCCAUAAUACGGUCUGUGAUUUAUCUAAUGGAUUUAAAUACAAUAUUUUAUUCAAGCAUCAUAUUCUAUUUUAUGAGAAGCUGAGAUGAAUACUAUUAAGUAGGAUGUUGCAAUUCAAUAAUGAAUAUGAAAGUUGAAUGAGUUUCAGAAAUGAACAAACGUUUACAGAAAAACAAA